AUGUUAAUCAGUGAAAGAGCCUAUUGCUAGCCAAGAGGAAUUGCUCGAAGUAGAUCUGAAUGAAGUUUGGUUGAGAUGGAAAUCUCAAAACUCUCAAAAAAUCAUAUUACAGCAUGCCAGGUGUUAGACUUGCCUCACAACUGGACAGAUGCUUCUACUCACUAUGGUGAUAGUGUUGCCAAAGCUGCAAAUCCAUUCUGGAAUGAACUAGCCGCCUCGAACCCAUUUCUGGAGGACAUCACUAAGCUAAGAAAUAAGCAAAAGAAAGAUAAUAUGUCCAUUUUGAAGGAAGAUCCUUUUCUUUUUUUAAAACAAAUUGAAACAGGGAAUUCUUCUGAUUCCUCUGAAGAUGAACUUGACAUGGAUCAGGUGCUUAGGCCAUCUUCCUCGAAGAAGUCGGAAAGGUCUAAGAGUGUUUCAGAACUCCUGGACAUCUUACAUGAUACGUCACAUGCUCAUCAGAGUAUACACCACUUUGACCAGAUCCUAAUACAAGACCCAGAGUGGCUUCAAAAUGACCGAGAAGCAUACAAAAUGGCUUGGUUAAGUCAAUGUCAGCUAGCACGCUCUUGCAUGGAUCUGAAUAUAAUUAAUCAAAGUCCUGGAUGGUCUCAAACACAAAUUGCAGAGACCAUUGCAGUUUGUAAAUUAAACCACUAAGGAGGGUCAGUUCAGUUACCUGACUCAGACAUCAUUGUUCAUGUACCCCAGGGACACAUAGCCAUAGGAGAAUUUCAGGAGGUAUCUCUGACAGCGUUUCUGGAUCCUCCACCAAAGCUGAACCAUAACCUCUCCUGUACUGUAAGCCCUCUUUUGGAAAUAAGGUUAAGCAACCCUAAAACCAUGAGAGCUAUUUUGCUGGAGAUGAAAAUUGGAGCAGAAGUAAAAAUAGAUCCUCUGAGCCAAAUCAUGACAAAAAUGGUGUGUUUACACAGCCUGGACAGAGAAGGCCCUUUCCAAGCACUGAACAACUGCUUUGUCUACAAAGACACCAUCCAAGCAAAGUUUCUUGAUCUGAGCCAGGUAAUGUACAUAGUCAUAGCUGUACAAGCUGAGGCCAUUCAGCCACCAGCUGCUACUAUUUGGAAUUAUAUUCACAAAACCACUUCCAUUGGAAUUUAUGGGCCCAAAUAUAUCCAUCCAAGUUUUACUGCUGUUUUUGUAGCUUGUGGGCACAACUAUGUGCCAGGAAAGUUUGCAGUCUCUGACAUUAGGACGGGUGGAAAAAAUACAUCUCCAGUAGUAUUUUAUCUCUGGGGAAAGCAUUCCUGGUUACUUGACAGGCCACAAGAUUUAAUUAUUUUGGCUUUUUCAUGUGAUCCUGAUUUUGAAAAAGAUAGAGAAAGGCAAAGAAUCGCACAAAGGCAAUUGGAAGCAGGUGCAGCCGUCCAUCAACAAGUUUUCUUUUCUUCAGUUGACCACAGAGGGAUGCACUCAUUUGUCUUCCGGGCUCACGUGGGGUCUUCCGAUGGAAAACUAAUCACACAAUUUCUUGUCACUUCACCUGAUCCAGCCCCAAACCUCAAAAGGCUCUUACAUCUGCAGAGCUACUUCCAGGAGAAAGAAAGCAAGAGAGUGCCCUUGUUAUCAACAGGGUUUAUCAACUACCCCACUUUCCAAGUUAAAAAAGUGAAAUUUACCGAUUAUGGGAUCACAGUGAAGACGGUACUGAGGCAAAGUAAAACUGACUACUUACUUGAGUAUUUUAAGGGGGAUAUAAUUGCCCUUCUUGGAGAAGGCACAGUAAGAGCCAUCGGACAGUCCAAAGUGAAAGAGUGGUAUGUAGGUGUCCUUCGAGGUAAGAUUGGACUUGUACAUUGCAAAAAUGUCAAGGUGAUUUGCAAAGAACAAGUAAUGUCUAUAUCUGAUAGUAUUUUGACAACCAAGAAUCUUUUGGAGCAAAUUGCCUUGCCAUUUAAAAGUCUGACUUAUAUAUACUCUGUUAUAUUAACUCUGGUGUCAGAAAACAUUCAUGAUUGGAAAGUUUUAGCUAAUGUCCUAGACUACUCACAUCUGGCACAAGAAGAUUUUGAUCAAAUUCAAGCAGACAAUGAACUAGAAAGGGUUUCUUAUAUUGUCAAGAAAUUAAAGGAAGAUUGCCAUAAAGACAGAAGUACCAGGAAGUUUCUUUAUGAACUGAUUGUGGCUCUGCUAAAGAUGGAUCACCAAGCAUUAGUGGCACGUCUUCUCCAAGAGGCUGUUAUUCUAACCUUAGCUGUUAAGCUCGGAAGAAGCUGGAGGGAACUUGCUGAGAAAUCUGCAGGACUCACUAAACAUCAGAUGCAGGUGUAUGAAAUUCCUUACCGAGGAAAAUCUGGAGAUGUUUCAGCAGAGGUGAGAUUUUCAUAUGUUCUAUUCAGUGAUGCCUAUGAUUUUCUCUAUGCAUGGAGCAGUCACUAUGGAAACAGUUGUAGAGAUGUGUUACAAGAUCUUCAAUCAGCUUUGGACAGAAUGAAAAAGCCUGUCACCAAACGGUGGAGAGACUUAACUGGAACUCUAAUACUAGUAAAUUCUUUAGAGGUUUUGAGAGUAACUGCUUUCACUACUUCUCAGGAAACAUAG